AUGAGCCAGUCGACCCGGACGCCGAGCCGACACGAGAAAAGUUUGGGUCGCCUCACCAUCAAGUUUGUCAGUCUCCUCAAAGAGGCGAAGGACGGCGUCCUCGAUCUGAAAGUGGCUGCAGAUUGCUUGGCAGUGAGACAGAAGAGGAGGAUAUACGACAUCACUAAUGUACUGGAAGGUGUGGGGUUGAUUGAGAAGAAAAACAAGAAUAUAAUACAAUGGAGGGGGGAGAAUAUGAGCAACGAGAGCCAAGUGGUGCUGAAACAGGUUGAGAUACUGAAGGCCCAGAUCUCUGAGCUGGAGGCUAAAGAGAAGGAGCUGGAUAACCAGAAGGUCUUGCUGGAGCAGAGCAUCAGACAUCUUAACCACUACCCCAUCACCAGCACUUAUAAGUUUGUGACCUAUGAGGACAUCUGCAACGCCUUCAGCGGUGAAACUUUGCUGGCUGUGGUGGCUCCCCCAGGGACACAAUUGGAGGUGCCACUACCUGACAUGAGCCCAAAUGUUUCAAAGAAAUGCCAGCUGAACCUUCGCAGCGGCUCGGCUCCCAUCCAAGUCAUGCUCAUUGACAGGGGGUCGGCCUCCUCCAAGCCCGUGGUCUUCUCGAUUCCCCCUGCCAACAUCUCUGCAAUGCCGACACCACCCAGCACCCCUGCUGGCGCACAGAGGUUUCCUCUGUCAGCCUCCUCCUACUCCACUGCCAGCACCUCUUCAGCCUCCUGCAGUCAGGACUCCCUCUGCUCAGACCACCAGAUGGCACUACCAGAGCAUGAUGACGCGCUGACACCUUCGUCCAGCUCUCCAGAUGUCAAACACAGUGAGCCAGUGUUGAUGCAGCAGGUGGUGGUCGACCAGCAACAGGCGGGCCUGGCUGACAAGGAGCUCCAGUCAGCAUUGGAUGUGGACAGCCUGCUGAAGUUCAACAUGGCUGGAGGCCACAUGAAGGAGAGGGAAGGAGUUGCUGACCUACUUGAGGAACUGAUGUCUACUGAUGGAAUGGACUACAACUUCAACCUGGACGACAAUGAGGGAGUGUGUGACCUGUUCGAUGUGCAGAUACUCAACUACUGACCGCCAACAAUGCUGCCACCGUUUUUUUGUUGUUGUGCUAUCUCCAGGAGCUGUUGUUUAUCUUCAACGGUAAAUUUGUUGCCUUUUUCUGCCAUCGUUGCACCGCCUAUCUUCAAACAAACUGUUGCCAUCCCUUAAAGCCUUUUCCAUACAUGGGACUUUACCUUUGUCUCCAAAGAAUACC